GAGAGACCUUGCUGACUGUCUAUGUACACAAGAUUAAAAUGGAACAGAGACUCUAGCAUAUGACUGAUGCAGAAGAGACAGUGAAAAAUCCUAGUACUAUGUUCUUAUGGUGGAAAUAUCUUGAGGCUACUAGUGAGCAAACUGCCAGGGAAGCAGUGAAGAUUCAUCAGGGGAGGAGUUCAUCUGAAGUAUGACUAUAGAGAUGUGUUUCUUAUAAAACAUUGUAUGCUUUGGGACCUACUUCUGGCCACGUGAAGGUGAUGGAAUUCUAGCUGAGCAAUUUAAAAUCUAAAAAGUGCUGCAUUCGAUGUGCCAGAAAAUAAGGAAAACUUAGCAGUGGCCACUGGAUAGUAAAAGAUCUAGGAUCCUAACUGGAAAAAGAAGUGACCCACACAGAGAUUGAGUGCAAAAAAAACUCCGUCCCCAGCACUAUUGGAUGAGCUGGCAAAGGACUCGACUCCGUGACGUGGCGAGCAGAGUCCUCUCUUACUCCGCCUUCGAAUCCACGCGUGACGCAGAAGGGAGGCAGUCAAGGCAGGUGAAGAAGACCCAGGAACCACCUCCUACUUGAGUCCCAGCCCACUAAGAGGAAGUGCCACGUGUACGUCGUGCGCCUGCGCGGCCAGGCGGUUGACAGACACUUCCGGCGAGGGCCUCCCUUAUCCCAGGUCCUCUUCCCCGCCUCCUCUUCUUCUACUUUUCUGUGCUUUUCCCUCCCCUCUGGUCCUUUCCCAAUCCCCCAAUCCCGUUUCCCUCUCCGGCAGAGCUGGCUCCGGAGCCGGGAGGCUGCGGUUCGCAGGACGAGAGACUGAAGGCGCUGCCACCGCCCGCCCGCUUGUCCGCUCGCGGACUUUCAUCUCCGGGUCCUCCGAGACGGCUCGACCCGGCCCCGCUGGAGCAGCUCGCGCGGCCGCCAUGGCCCAGCCUGGGAGGCUCGGCGCCAGUUCUCCGGCGCAGAAUGGGGCAGUCUCCGCUGAGGGGACGCCCUACAGCAAUGGUCCUGUGCAAAACACAUUGAUGCAUUCACAAGUUUUGGUGAGCCAAGGAUACAGUUCUCCGUUUCCAGAAUCUUAUCCUCAUCAGAUACCAACAAAGACUCCUUUGAAUCCAGCCUCCGGACUAUCUAAUUAUGGUGAUUCUCAGGCUGUUUCUUCAUUAAAUAGUUAUCAGAGACCUGGGCAGACUCUCAGUAGACUUCCCUUGGAACCUAAUCCAGUGACACCUUUGCAGAAUACUAUCCCUCUUUCCCGAAUGUCAUCACCGCCUUCAUCUCAAACCCCAGGUGCUAUACCAGCAUCUUCUGAUAGCUUUCUUUAUGGACCUAACCCCUCAUUAUCUUCAAACUGGCAUUAUGGUCACCCACAAGUAGGAUCAAAAAUAAAUCAUUUUGUUCCUGUAUCAACUCAACCAUCUUUAUCAGGAAAUACAAAUCUGUCAAGAAAUAAUCAGUGUACUUCUCUUGGAGCUCCUUCACUUCAAAACAACUACAUGAAAACAGGUUCUAUAUCUCCACCAACAAAUCAGCCUUUACCUACAAUUUUCCAACCAACUCGAGCUCCAAUUGGACCCCCUCCAUCUGGAGGCCCACCUUUGGAUCCACAGAGAAAAAUAUCAAACAGUGUUCCACCCCAACCACAGGUUAUCUCCACUGUGAACCAAGAAGGUGAUAUGUCAACUGCCAGUAAUGGUUCUGUGGUUGAGAACAGUUAUGAUGCAAUUGAAGGAGGUGGCUUCAUGGCAUCAUCACAACUUACCAACCAAAAUCCCAAAAUGAGUCGAAAUGUUGGCUAUUCAUAUCCCUCCUUACCACCUGGUUAUCAAAAUAUAUCUCCCCCUAAUAUGUCAGAAAGGCCAUCCACAACCUUGCAAUACACUAGUGGGCUGCAGCCAUUUUCACAGUCUCCCUUAGGUGCUAAUCAUUUAACCACAAGCAUGGGUGGGUUAAGUCUACAUUCGGAAGGACUACGAGUUAUCAAUCUGCUUCAAGAAAGAAAUAUGCUUCCAACAGCCUCCUUGAAGGCUCCUGUCCCAAAUUUGCAUGAAGACAUACAGAAACUUAACUGUAAUCCAGAGUUGUUUCGAUGUACUUUAACUAAUAUUCCUCAGACUCAGACCUUAUUGAACAAAGCCAAACUUCCUUUAGGACUACUACUACAUCCUUUCAAGGAUUUAUUGCAAUUGCCUGUGGUUACCUCCAGUACAAUUGUGAGAUGUCGUUCCUGCAGGACAUACAUCAAUCCUUUUGUUAGCUUUCUUGACCAAAGGAGGUGGAAGUGCAACUUGUGCUAUAGAGUCAAUGAUGUUCCUGAAGAAUUUAUGUACAAUCCUAUAACCAGAGUAUAUGGAGAUCCUCUUAGAAGACCUGAAGUUCAAAAUGCUACUAUUGAGUUUAUGGCUCCUUCAGAAUAUAUGUUACGUCCACCUCAACCUCCUGUGUACCUCUUUGUGUUUGAUGUGUCUCACAAUGCAGUUGUAACUGGCUAUUUGAACUUGGUUUGCCAGAGUUUGCUGGACAAUCUAGAUUCGCUUCCUGGUAACACUCGAACAAAAAUUGGCUUUAUAACAUUUGACAGUACAAUCCACUUCUACAGUCUUCAAGAAGGUCUCUCUCAGCCUCAGAUGCUAAUAAUAUCAGAUAUUGAAGAUGUCUUCAUACCAAUGCCAGAAAAUUUACUUGUAAAUUUAAAUGAAAAUAAAGAGCUUAUUCAAGACUUAUUGAAAACUUUGCCACAAAUGUUUACCAAAUCUUUGGAAACACAGAGUGCUCUGGGACCUGCGCUUCAGAGUGCCUAUAAGUUGAUGUCUCCUACUGGUGGCCGGAUCUCUGUUUUCCAAACACAGCUUCCAUCAAUUGGAGUUGGAGCAUUAAAAUCCCGAGAUGAGCCUAACCAAAGGUCAUCUGCUAAGGAAAUACAUCUUACACCAUCUACUGACUUCUAUAAGAAGUUAGCCUUGGAUUGUUCUGGUCAACAAGUAGCAGUUGAUUUGUUUCUUCUCAGUGGGCAGUAUUCUGACUUGGCUUCAUUAGGCUGUAUUUCGAGAUACUCAGCAGGUAGUGUCUAUUACUACCCAUCUUAUCAUCAUCAGCAUAACCCAGUCCAAGUAGAGAAGUUACAAAAGGAAUUGAAACGAUACCUAACCAGGAAAAUUGGUUUUGAGGCUGUUAUGAGGAUAAGGUGUACCAAAGGUCUUUCUAUACAUACCUUCCAUGGAAAUUUCUUUGUACGAUCAACAGAUUUGCUGUCCUUGCCCAAUGUUAAUCCAGAUGCUGGAUAUGCAGUACAAAUGUCAGUGGAAGAAAAUCUUACUGACAUUCAAGUAGUUUCUUUUCAGUCAGCACUCCUAUAUACUUCUAGCAAAGGUGAAAGGAGGAUUCGUGUACAUACUAUGUGUUUACCAGUAGUUUCAACACUGAAUGAAGUCUACCUUGGAGCUGAUGUUCAAGCAAUUACAGGUUUAUUGGCCAAUAUGGCUGUUGACAGAUCCAUUUCAGCAAGUCUGAGUGAUGCUCGUGAUGCCCUAGUGAAUGCCGUAAUAGAUUCUCUGUCUGCUUACCGAACUUCAGUUCUAAGUAGUCAGCAGCCUGGUCUCUUGGUUCCCUUUUCUUUACGUCUCUUCCCACUUUUUGUAUUAGCUCUUCUUAAACAGAAAUCAUUCCAAACUGGGACUAUUGCUCAUCUAGAUGAACGUGUUUUUGCUAUGUGUCAAGUGAAAAAUCAGCCACUGGUUUACCUCAUGCUCAUGACUCAUCCCAAUCUGUACAGAGUUGACAAUCUCUCAGAUGAGGGAGCCCUCAACAUCAAUGAUAAAACUAUACCUCAGCCGUCUAUUCUGCAGUUGUCUGUAGAAAAGUUGAGCAGAGAUGGAGCUUUUCUUAUGGAUGCAGGCACUGUAAUGAUGCUGUGGGUUGGAAAAAAUUGUGGACAAAAUUUUCUCAGUCAGGUUCUUGGAGUUCCAAACUAUGCAUCUCUACCACUAUAUAUGACAUACCUUCCAGAUCUUGAUACAGCAGAAUCUGCCAGAAUAGGAGGUUUUAUCUCGUGGCUUAGAGAACAUAGGCCAUUUUUUCCAGUACUUUACAUAAUAAGGGAUGAGAGUCCUUUGAAAGCAACUUUCCUUCAAUACAUGGUAGAAGACAGAACAGAAUCUGCCUUAUCAUAUUAUGAGUUUCUCCUGCAUGUACAACAGCAAGUGAAUAAAUGAACAAACGAAGAAUAUGGAUCAUCUUUUCCCAAAGGAAAUUACUAGAGUUGAGAACACUUAAGCUUGUAAUUGUAAUGCCCUCUUUUAAAAAACUUCUAUUAAUUUUGUGGCCCAGUGUGAUGGUUAAGAUAUUUUCACUGUGAUUUCAACAUACUAUAUUGGACCACAAAAGAAAAUCAAACAUGCAUCUAAAGAUACUGUAUUUUUCAAAUCAAAAUAUAUCUAAAUAUAUUUGGGCACCUUUUUAUUUGCUGCCAAUUAUGUUUGAGUGGUUGUAGACUGAAAUAAGUUAAAAAAUAAUAUUGAGGCAAAGUACAUUUUGUAAAAUAAAGACUUCUUUGUUGCUCAAAAUUUAUGUUAUUUUUUUAUUUUUGCUGACUAAGUGUUUCAGGGAAGUUACAUCCACUGACAAGAUCUUUUAAAAAAUAAGUUUAAUUCAUUUACAAGUAAAUGGAUUUUUGAAAACCUUUGUUUGUACUUUUUUUAAAGGAAAAAAAAAAAGGUUAUCAUGUUAAAUAGAGGUAAUGUUAACUUUUUUUUUAGUUCAAGAGGGAAAUAUGAAGUAGUAUAUUCAAGCUUUUAAAUCUAAUCCAUCAGUGUUCUUUAUAUUUGAAGGACAAAACCCUGAUGCAGCAAGAAUUAAGUGUGUAUCUGAUUGGCUACAGUGAGACUGGAUCCUUUAUUCAGCCUUGUUCAGCAUUGAAAAUGAUCUGAGUUUGGUAGGCAUAAAUACUCUUUUUUUUCCCCCUAAUAAGGGGAAGGAGUAAAGCCUGCAUAUUAAUGCUUCGGAUUCUUUGUGAGAUUUGUUUGCUAUGUUUCUGGUCUCUCUUAAAAUUUCAUCCACUUUCUGGCCUAUAACAAAUAUAUUCUUUUGAUGAGAUGUGGAUGAAUGAAGGAAAUCAAAUGUUUAAUAUUGUUUUAAAAGCACCAGAAACUUAGUUACUUUUGGGUAGUAUAAAUGAUAAAAUUGAAAAUAAUACACAAAUAAUUUUAUUUGUGGAUAAUGAUUCAGUGCAUAUUUUUUUAGACCUGGUUUCUUGUUUCGGAAAUAAUGGGUUCAGCAAAGGAAAUGUUAAAGCCAAAACUAUUCAAGGCAUUUUGUUUACUCGUUAACAUACAUCUAUAUAAUUACAAUGCAGUGAUAAAUACUAAUUUAAAGAUUGGCUCAGUGAUUUUUCACAAAUUCAAAUUUCCUUGGGAGUAACAACUCACUUAGUAAAUGGAUAUUUUCUUUUACUAAUACCCAGCAGAAACUUUUUAUUUUAAUGGAAUAUAAAUGUGUUUACAAUGUUGGCCUACGUUUGAUUAACAAAUUAAUAGUAAAGAGUUAUAUCAGCAUGAGUUGUACUUAAAUUUAACUGAAUUGCCUUGAUAUAAAGAAAAAAUAGCUUUUAUCUGAGAAUAGAGCUGCUGUUUUGAGUUAGAUGAGAAAAAUUAAAUGAAUUCAUAUUAUUUCUAAAGAGAACUACACUAUCCCCUAAACAGUGUCAGACUCUGUUCUCAGUAUUCAAGUCCAUUGUACUGGAAGCUUUGUGAAAAUUGUUAGCAAUGGAUGAUUUAUGGUUUUAUUCAUUUGGUGUGUAGUAGCUUUCAAAUUAUAACGGGUUUUUUUUUUCCUCUUAAAACUCAUUUCAUCUUAUCAUGCAUUGACAUUUCUCAAAAAAAUUAAAAUUCUUAAAAAAAUAAGAAUUGCACAUUAUUUUGAUUUUUGAAACCCUUUAAGGAGUUAAAGAAGAAGCUUCCAGGGUUACAUCCUUCUAGGGAGAAAAAUCCUUGUACCUCAAACAUCCCUACAAUGGGAAUGGUUCUUAAUUGCUCAACCUGUAAUUAUUUUUUGAAAUAUGAAAUUUUCCAUUUUAAUUUUAUUUCCAAUAGUGGACACAUGACCUAGCUUAUCUAUUACAUUUUAAUGUUGUAAAACAGACCGAUAUUUACACAAUGCCAUAUUUUUCAACACAGUUGUAAACUGUUAGAAAUGCUUGCAUUUUCUAUAGCUUUACAACUGCAAAAGGUAAUAAACAAGACUAAGUUUGUUACCUAUUCCUGAGCAGUGACAUCCCUACCACAGCAAAUGCACUCUAUUUUUCUAGUUUCUGGGAUUUUUAAAAUAAUUUAUAAGUUUGACUAAAUAGUAUUCAGUCAAAAGCAGUAAUCUUAAUUUGCAUAUAUUUUCAUUAUUUUUAAUUUAAUAUAAUGAGUCUAAUAGACUGUUCUGCAAUAAUUAGAAUAAAAUUUAUUUUAUUCAUUUAACAAUAAUCAAAGAUGCAUAACAGCUAUUAUCUAGGGGACCAUCAAAUGUGAUUUUGUUUUUGUUCCAUGUUACAAUGUAAUCCUUAUAGUAAAUUUUGUAAAGUAGUGUAUAAUAUUGUAACAUUAAAUUCUUAUUCUCAAAUCCAAAUGUGUAUUGUUCUUCAGUGUAAUAUGUUAAAUCUUGCCUCUUUGAAACAUUGAGCCAAGAUUUACUUGUCCAUUUUUUUUAUAAUUUGUAAUUUUCACUGUAAAAAGAUAAAUCAUUUGUAACACAUGCAAAUUCUUAUUUAUCUGUACUAACAUCAAUUUGGCUACUUAAUAAAAUUAAUUGAAAGAGGUUAUAA